AUGCCACCAAUCCACCAUUUAUUUGUAACCUGUAAAAGCACUCCAUAUCUGUACGGAAUUCGUAUGCCUUCGAAAUGUGACCCUCCUAAAGAUGAAGAAUUAGGAUAUUUUCUACACACUAUUUGCAAUUAUCCAUGUUCAACUACCGCAGGUAUCAAUACUAUUGUAUGCACUAAGCAUGAAAAUCCAACUCGGAAACAGAUCCCUAAUGUAGGAUAUUGGAAAGCAUGGGUUCAACAAUGUAAACCUAAUGAUUGUACAUCUUCACCUCGUCUUAUGCCUCGUUCACAAAUCCUAGAAUGUGACAAAGAAGUUGACGAAUACAAUGGAAUUUAUAAAUUCAACACUUCAUGCACAGUGUUGUGUGAUCAGAAUUACAAUGUUACUCACAGAAAACCGCUGUUGUGUUUGAAUAAGCAUUAUCAAUAUACUUUAGAUUCUGAAUGGUGGCCUGAUGCACCAACUUGUGUCAGAAAAACUCUUGAUUGUGCUCCACUCUAUGAUCCACUGAAUCGCGAAGAAGAAUCAUUUUAUUGCCUGGCUGAUAAUGAAAAUGCUUGUCAACUGAUUUGCACUGAGGAUCGAUAUGUUUUUGGUCCAAGAUUAAUAUUUUGUGAACCACAUGGGGGUGCUAUGGAUGAAUAUGGAUUAAACGGAUAUUGGAAAGGUGAAGGAUUCAAGCAUUCAAUGAUGCCAAAUUGCAAUGACAGGACCUGUGAUUACAUUGCAAUGAUGGAUGAAAGUAAAUUUGGUGUGAUGGAAUCAUGUACAUAUCCAAGAAGUGAUGGUAAACCUAUAGUGGGAACGGUGUGCCAUUAUCAUUGUCCAGUUGGAACACAUGCUGUGCCCAAGGGUGACAAAAUUAAAGCGACAUGUAUCACUGAUUUUUUGAAAAGUUACAUUCCUCCUGAUGCUGGCGUGGUAAAAGUGGAAUAUUAUCCAUGUGUUGAUAUUUUUUGUGAACAAAUCACGGUAGAUAAUCCUGAUGUUGAGAUAUUCUGUUCAAACUCAGUUUAUUAUAAUUCACGAUGUUUUUUUACGUGUAAAACCGGUUUAUUGAAUGCAGACAUCGAUGAGGUAACAUGUCUGGAUCAUAAUAAUGAUGGAGUUGGGGAUUGGUCUCCAGGAUCCUUUCCUGGUUGUCAAGCUGUUGAGUGUCCGAAACUUGAUGAUAUAUCUGCACUACAAGCCAGCUGCACAAAUUCCAAUUAUCUCGGAUCUUCAUGCACUUUGACUUGUGAUCCCGGACUUUACUUAGAUUCUAAUGGCCAAAACACAAUAUCGUGCGUUGACCCGGAUGAUGAUAGAAUUGGUACUUGGGAUUCUGUUAUUCCUAUGUGCAAACUUAUUGAAUGCGAGAUAGUAAAUCUCAAAUUAUUUGAAGAAGAUACUGUAAUGACCUGUACAGAUUAUCAUCAUUGGAAUUCUAAAUGUACAUUUAGUUGUUUAUACGCAACAUCUACAUUGACUGGAAUAUCAGACACCAUCACAUGUGAAGGAACAACUGCUAUAGGCACUUGGAACCCUUCUCCACCGAACUGUCUCUUUCUUCCAGAACCGUGCACAGACACUGAAUCAGGGCAUUCUGUGGAAUGUUUGAUUAGUAUCUGGACAAUAAGUGGUUGCUUGGUCGAGGGGAAUUUGUCGCCAAGUGAGGCAUCACAAAAUCUGAUGACUUCAUAUGCUAUAAUGACAACUAGAGAAUUAUUGAGAGCAUUUAAACCUUCUCAUGAGAGAGCACGUAAUGGUGAAGAACAGAGCCAGUUAGACUGUUAUGGUAUUGUGGUUCCUGAUGUUUGUAGUGAUCCAAAGAAAGGCCACAGUGCUGAAUGCAUGGAUGUCAUAUGGAUAAAAAGUGGGUGUAUCAAACAGGGACAUGAGUUGCCAAGUAAACUGAACUCACAACAACAAUCUACUCUUUCAAAUAUACCAUUGAGGAAAAUGUUGGAUCAAUUCAAAGACAUUCAAACCAAUGCUGUGAAUGGUAAUGUUCAAUCUCAAUCAGAAUGUUAUGGCCUGGUUUUCCCCAGUGGAUGUGCCACCUACAAUGGCCCACAUUCUACAUCUUGUCUUGAAACUAUAUGGAAAUCAAAAAAAUGUGUUUCUGAAGGAGAUAGUUAUCCCUCUAAAUUAUCGCCACAUGAUUUUAACUCCCUCAAAAACCGGGAUCUAAGGUCAAUCUUAUCUGAGUUUGAGUCAUUAUCUACAUCUGCUAGUAAUGGUGAUGCUACAGCUCAGAAAAAAUGCUUUGGAUCAGCAUUUCCUGAAGGAUGUGCUAACUAUUACGGACCACAUUCUACACAUUGUCUCAAAACCAUCUGGGCAUCUGCGGGGUGUUCAAAACAAGGGACUAAAUAUCCUCUUUCUGUGAGUGCACAGGAAUUAAAUGAAGUGAAAAACUUGAAUAUACGGGAAGUUGCUGACAGAUAUCAAAACUACAAACACCAGGCUGACAACAAUAAUAAGCAGCAUCAGUUAUUUUGUUUUGGAUUGGAAUAUCCAUCCAAUUGUGCUAAAUAUAAUGGCCCUCACUCAACACAGUGUUUGGAAACUAUGUGGAUUUCAGCGCAAUGUCUUCCAGCUGGUAGUAAAUUUCCAAGUAAACUUUCUGGAUCAGAAUUGGAACAACUGAGGACUUCGACUAUUAGUGAGAUCCAAGCAAAGUUUAAAUCCACAAAAGAAUCUGCAGACUCAGGAAAUACUCAAAGUCAACAAUACUGUUUCGGCAUAGUUUAUCCAAGUUCAUGCAAUAAAUAUUAUGGUCCGUAUUCUGCUGAGUGCUUGAAGUCAAUAUGGAAAAUAGUCAAAUGCUUGCCCGAGGGAACUGAAUAUCCACCGAAAUUAUCACAAGCACAACUUAGUGCAUUCAAUGGAAAAGGGAUAAGCGUGCUCCAGAAUCAAUUCAAUAAUAUUGCAUUGGCGGCAGAUCAAGGCGAUAGUAGUGCACAAGAGAAAUGUCAUGGCAUUGUAUAUCCACAACAUUGCACAAAAUACUCGGGUCCACAUUCAGUUAAUUGUCUUAAAACUAUUUGGACAAAAGUUGGUUGCUUGGAAAAAGGUUCUAAACAUCCGGACAAGCUUUCCCCUGCUGAGAAGAAUCGACUUAAUUCUUUAACAUUGAGGGAAUUGGAAAGAGAAUUUCAAACAGUCAAAGAUUCGGCAGACAAUGGCAACAAGGCUGAUCAAAAUUCAUGCUUUGGAAUGGAAUAUCCAACUGGCUGUUCUAAAUAUUUUGGACCUCACUCUAUCCCUUGUUUGGAAACUAUUUGGAAGACUGUUCAAUGUCUACCAGAAGGCCAGAAAUAUCCACAAAAAUUGUCAUCUACUGAACUGAAUGAUCUGAAUAAAAAGAAUAUUAGGGAAGUUACAUCCCGGUUUCAGGGAAUGAAAGAUUCAGCUGAUUCUGGUGAUGGCACCAACCAAUUGUUCUGCUUUGGCAAAAAAUAUCCUGCAAACUGUAAUGAAUAUUAUGGUCCAUACACUGCGGAAUGCUUGGAUACUAUUUGGAAAUUAGUGAAAUGUUUGCCAGAGGGAACAAAUCAUCCUAGUAAACGUUCCCAGUCAGACAUUGCUGGAUUAACAGGCUUGGGAUUGAACAAACUCAUUGAACAAACGAAAGGGAUAGCAGAUGCAGCAGAUAGCGGUGAUAUCACGGCACAGAAAAAUUGUUAUGGAAUCGAAUAUCCUUUACAUUGUACCAAGUAUUAUGGACCUCAUUCUAAAGAUUGCCUCAAAACAAUUUGGUCAUCUGCAGAAUGUUUAAAAGAGGGAACGAAGUAUCCACCUGUAUUGCCGGCUGCUGAGCUAAAUAGAAUCAGCAACAUAAACUUAAGGGAAGUUAUCGCUGAAUUUCAAAACAUCAAACAAAAAGCAGAUAGCAAUGAUAAAGCACAUCAGAAAUAUUGUUUUGGCACUGAGUAUCCAACACACUGUAGCAAGUAUUACGGCCCUCAUUCAAUGGAAUGCUUGAAUACAAUGUGGAUAUCAGCCCAGUGUCUUGCGGAGGGAACGAAGUAUCCUGAAAAACUAUCAAGUGCUGAGAAGCAACGACUUGAUGAUAUGGAUAUUCGGGCUAUAAUAAAAGAAUUUAAUGAUUUGAAAGCAUCAUCAGACAGUGGAAAUAAAGACAGUCAGACUUUUUGUUUUGGUCUUACCUAUCCAACCAAUUGCAAUAAGUACUUUGGACCUCAUCCAGUGACAUGUUUGGUGACAAUCUGGAUAUCCGUGCAAUGUCUUCAUGAAGGAACCAAAUAUCCUGAAAAACUUGGAUCAGCUGAGAAAAGCCGCCUUGACUCAAUGACUAUUAGACAAGUUACUGAUGAAUUUAGUGGGAUCAAGAAUUCCGCUGAUUCUGGGGAUGCAUCUAAUCAGAAUUUCUGUUUUGGAUUAGAAUAUCCAAACCAUUGUGUGAAGUAUUAUGGCCCUCAUCCCGUGGAAUGCCUGACAACAAUAUGGAAGUCUGCAAAAUGUCUUGAAGAUGGAACAAAAUAUCCAACAAAAAUCACUCCGCAGGAAUUGCAACAAUUCAAUGGGAUGGAUUUGAGAUCUGUUAAAAAGAAAUUUGAGGAUUUGAAGGCAUCAGCAGACAAUGGAAAUGUAAAUGACCAACAGUUUUGCUUUGGGCUUACUUAUCCAAAUAAUUGCGAUAAGUAUUUUGGUCCUCAUCCUGUUUCUUGCUUGGUGACAAUUUGGAAAUCAGUUCAAUGUCUGUCUGAAGGAACGAAAUACCCUGAAAAACUGAGCACAAGUGAUCUAAAUAGACUCAACACAAUCAAUAUAAGACAAGUUACAGAUGAAUUUAGUGGAAUCAAACAGUCUGCUGACACUGGAGAUGUUUCAAGUCAGAAUUUCUGUUUUGGAUUAGACUACCCUCAAAGUUGUGAGAAAUAUUAUGGUCCUCAUACUGUGAAUUGUUUAACAACAAUAUGGAAAACUGCUAAAUGUCUUGAAGAAGGCACAAAGCAUCCACCCAAACUCAAUUCACAGGAGUUACAACGUUUGAAUGGAAUGAAUUUGAGAGAGGUAGUCUCUGCUUUUGAAGAAAUUAAAGCUUCAGCUGAUAAUGGCAACGUCCCCAAACAAGAGUCUUGUUUUGGUUUAAAGUACCCAGAUAAUUGUAAGAACUAUUAUGGACCACAUCCUGUCCAGUGUUUAACAACGAUUUGGAUAUCUGCUCAAUGUUUGCCUGGUGGCGAGAAACAUCCUAGUAAACUAACACAAACAGAGCUAACUCUGUACAAUGGGAUGAAUAUAAGAGAAAUUGUUGAAAAAUUUAAUCAAAUAAAACAAUCUGCUGAUAAUGGAGAUUCACAAAGUCAACGUAACUGCUUUGGUCAAGUAUACCCUCAGCAUUGUGAUGAAUAUUAUGGCCCUUAUCCUGAACAAUGUUUGGAGUCAAUUUGGAAAAUUGUAAAGUGCUUGCCAGAAGGUUCAGAUCAUCCAUCGAAACUUUUGCAAGAAAAAAAGAAUUCAUUCAAUGGAAUGGGACUGAAAUCACUUAUUAAUGAAUUCAACACUACAGCAAUAAAUGCAGAUAAAGGAGAUGUAGAUGCACAAAAGAGAUGCUAUGGCAUUGAAUAUCCAUCAGGUUGUACAAACUAUUAUGGUCCUCACCCAAUGGAUUGUUUGAAAACAAUAUGGAGAACUGCCGAAUGUCUCAAAGAAGGCUCUAAAUACCCACAGAAAUUGCCACCAGCUGAAUUAUCUGAACUUGAUAAAUUAACCCUCAGUGGAUUAGUUCUUGCUUGCAAACUUUUAGCACAUAUGUUCAAGACACUUGAUAUGUUUAUGUGA